GGGGCAUGGUCAUGAUUGGGUGUUUGCUCAUAUUCAGGAUAUUCUUGUACAUGCUGGCUGUCCACAACUCCAAUAAACUGGCAAGUUAUUUUACAGUGUGAGGAUUUAUCAACGACGAGUAUGCGCGCACACUGGGUAGCGCAGCAUCAGCAGCAAUAACAAAUGCUCGCCCCCGUGCUGACUGUGACAAGCCGUAUUCCUGGGAAGAAGAGUUGGAGCUGCGCGAGUUAAAGUUGGGCAAAGGGGGGGCAAAGGAUGCCGUUUGGGUUAGCUAGAAAAAGAAAAUAUUGAAGGAAAUAAUCAUUUACAACUGAAACGAAGAAAGACCAGUAUCCCCUAAAGGAUGAAUUAUAAAACACUGAGCGCAAGCCUCUUGAUUUUUGUAGGUUUACAGCAUUGCUCAUCACGACCAUGUCUUGAUCCCUUGUCCUCUUCACUCUAUGCGUCCUCAUUCUUGGCAUCCUCCAGAUACAACUUUCUGUACUCUGCCAACUUUGCAAGACUUUACGGGAGCAGUGGGUGGUCUCCGUCCCCUUCAGACCGACAGCCUUGGCUCCAGAUCAACCUACACAGGAAGUACCGCAUUGUUGCCAUUUCCACCCAGGGCACCUUCAACUCCUAUGACUGGGUCACUAAAUACACCCUGCUAUAUGGGGAUCGGCCUGAUUCCUGGACCCCCUACAUUCAAAGAGGGGGAAACUCGACUCUGUCAGGGAACUGGAACUACCACCAGGUGAAGAGGCACAAUUUUCACUAUGCCUUCACUGCCAAACACCUGCGCUUCUUGCCCUUGGGAUGGAACACGAAAUGGGGCGGUAAAAUUGGGGUCCGUCUGGAGAUCUAUGGCUGCCCCUACGACUCCUACGUGAUGUCUUAUAAUGGAGAUGACAUGGUGGCGUACAUGUUUCCACGGAAGAAGUCCCGCACGCUGCAGGACAACAUCGCGUUGAAUUUCAAGACCCUGGAAAGGGAUGGGGUGUUGCUGCACAGUGAGGGCAUGCAGGGGGAUGUCCUGACCCUGGAGCUGAAGAACGGCCGCCUCUACCUGCACAUCAGCCUGGGGAGCAGCCCUGUCCACCAGGUGGAUGGAUUGACCACGCUGAGUGUGGGCAACCUCCUGGAUGACCAGCACUGGCACUACGUGACCAUCAAACGCUACGGCCGGCAGGUCAAUCUGACAGUGGACAGCCACACUGAGAGCGUCAUUUGCAAUGGGGAAUUCACCUACCUUGACCUGGAUACUCAGCUUUAUGUGGGUGGAGUGAUUGAACCCAGCAUGCCCCACCUCCCUGAUAAGAGCAACUUCCGUGGCUGCCUGGAGAAUGUCUUCUUCAAUGGAGCAAACAUCAUCGACAUGGCACAGCAGAAGGAGCCGCAGAUCCGCUUCCCCCCUGGGCAGAAACCAAUACGCUAUGCCUGCAGGGACCUUAUGACACUGAAACCUUUGACCUUUGCUGGGCCCAACAACUUUCUCCAGUUGCCAGGGGUGAACCGUAAGCCUCUCAUGGCUGUAAAGUUCAAGUUCCGCUCCUGGGACUACACAGGUCUGCUUCUGUUCACAAGAUUUGCUGACAAUCUGGGCACCCUGGAGCUGGGCCUGAGUGAAGGCCAAGUCAAUGUUACUCUGACACAGCCUGGCAAGAAGAAGCUGCAGUUUGCUGCAGGUUACCGUUUGAAUGAUGGUUUCUGGCACACAGUGGAGGUGUUGGCCAGGGACAAUUCUGUGACUGUAAUUAUUGAUGAAGAUGAAAGCUCUCCACUCAAGAUCACUAACCCCCUUACAGUACGCACUGGUGACCAGUACUUCUUUGGAGGGUGUCCCAAGACCAACAACACCGCCAGGUGUGAGACCAAGCUGAAUAACUUCCAUGGCUGCAUGCAGCAGAUCUUUAUCGAUAAAGAGCAAGUGGACAUUGACAACUUAUUGCAGUGGCGUUGGGGACGAUACUCAGGGCUGCUAUUGGGUACCUGUGGCAUUACUGACAGGUGCACCCCAAACCCAUGUGAGCACGAUGGUCGAUGCAUUCAGUCUUGGGAUGACUUUUUGUGUAUGUGUGAGAAUACUGGCUACAAAGGAGAGGUGUGCCACAUGUCGGUCUACAAGGAGUCGUGCGAGGCCUACCGUCUUAAUGGCAAGUACUAUUCUGGCAACUACACCAUCGACCCUGACUUGAGUGGACCCUUGAAGCCCUUUAGUGUUUACUGCAAAAUGGGAGCCUACAAGGCCUGGACAGUGGUGGGCCAUAAUCGUAUGGACGGUACCAAGGUGACAGGCACCACGGUCGACCGACCCUAUCUGGGUGAUGUGGAAUACUACAAUGCCUCUUGGGCCGAGGUUACUGCCCUGGCCAAUACAUCUGAAUACUGUGAGCAGUGGAUCGAUUUCUCCUGCUACAAGUCCCGUCUACUUAAUACACCCAAUGGACGACCAUUCAGUUACUGGAUUGGUCGACAUAAUGAGAGCCAUAUGUACUGGGGAGGGGCAUUCCCACAGAGCCAGAAGUGUGGCUGCGCAAUCAACCAGACCUGCACCAGCCCCAAGUACUCCUGCAACUGUGACGCAGACUACCGAAGAUGGUCCUCAGACUCUGGCUGGUUGAACUUCAAGGACCACUUGCCUGUGCGGAGGGUUGUUGUAGGGGACACCAACCGGACUGGGUCAGAGGCUCAGUUUAAAAUUGGACGCCUUCGCUGCCAUGGUGAUAGUAACACCUGGAACACAAUUUCCUUCACAAAACCAACCUACGUGAAGUUCCCCACUUUCAGGCCCGGCACUAGUGCCGACAUCAGCUUCUACUUUAAAACCACUAAUGAUCAUGGUGUCUUCCUGGAGAACUCAGAUUACCGCCAUCGCAACUUCAUCCGGAUGGAACUCAAUUCUACAACCAACCUGCUCUUCAUUUUCAUGGUUGGCGAUGGCAUCAUCAAUGUGACACUGCGUUCACCAAUGCCCCUAAAUGAUGACGAGUGGCAUUUUGUCCAGGCUGAAAUCAACGUUAAGGGAGCACGGCUCAAGGUGGACUACCAGCCCUGGGCUGUACGCCGGUUCCCUGGACAGACUUCUGUCACCAUGAAGUUCACUGAGCCACUGCUUGUGGGCGCUGCCAAGUACAAACUGAGGGCUUUCCUCGGUUGUCUCAGGGGGCUGCGAAUGAACGGGGUGCCCAUUGACCUGGAAGGGAAGGUCAACGAGAAGGAAGGGAUCCGGCUGAACUGCACUGGCCAGUGUCUGAAUGCCACACUGCCAUGUCGAAAUGGUGGUCGCUGCAUGGAGGGCUAUGCUUCCUACUACUGCGACUGCAACAACACAGCCUUUGAUGGGUACUACUGCCACAAAGAUAUUGGAGCCUAUUUCGAGGAGGGGGCAUGGUUACGCUACAACAUCCGGAGGGAGGCCAUAUCUGACGAGGCCCAAUGGGCAAACUGGCUGGACCCCCAUAACUUCAGCCUGGGGUACAACCAAACAAGUGACGAGAUCGAGUUCAGCUUCAGCACCACCCAGACUCCUGCAGUGCUGCUCUACAUCAGCUCCUUUGUCAGGGACUACAUCGCCGUUAUCCUCAAGAAGGAUGGCAGUGUAGAACUGAGGUACAGGCUGGGCCUGAUCACCCACAGAUACCAGGUGUCCUACAGGAAUCUGGCAGAUGGGUACCCCCACUUCGUCAACAUCACCAGGCACAACCGAUUCAUUCGAAUACAGGUGGAUUACAUAGAGCCCGUCCGAGAGAGCAUGACACUGCUGGAGGACAUCAGGUUCAACUCCCCCAAAUCCAUGUUCCUGGGGAGGGUGAUGGAGGUCGGGGAUAUUGACUAUGACAUCCAGAGACACAAUGCCCCAGGGCUUAUAGGCUGCAUAUCAGGGGUGCGGUACAACAUCUACGCCCCCUUGAAAACCUACUUCCGGCCCAAUGAAACUGACCCUCCGGUCACAGUGCAGGGUUAUGUGGCGGAGUCCAACUGCGGGGCCUUCCCCCCUGUCCUGGGACUGGUGCCCUGGGAGGCAGACCCCUGGUACACUGGGCCAAUCUUCUACUACAUCCAUGAUGACCUACCUAGUGCACCAGUCUUGACAAUCAUCUUGUUCAUCCUUGUGGGCUUGAUAUGUGGGGGGCUCUAUGUCCUCUACAUGUACCUGUACCGCUACAAGGGCAGCUAUGACACCAACGAGCCCAAAAGUAUAGAGUCUCCAAGCAGCGCUAAGCCCCUGACAGAGUCUGAGUCUGAGCCAGAGCCCCGGCGCAAGACCAAGGAGAAGAACCUUCCAGAAAUACAGGAGGAGCUUGCCAGUGAAUAACACAACAUGACUAGGGUGGGACUGGGGAAUUAGGGUUCAGCAACCACUUUAUCCAUUUCUGUUUGUACUCUGUCUAAGUGUCAGUUGUUUUGGUUCUAUUUUUUUGUUUUUCCUUUACAUCAAAUCAGACACAGGGGUAGUACAGGUGAUGGCUGGCCUUGCGUAGUGUGUUUGCUAUGAUAUUGUUUAGCAGGGUUACUUCAAUCCCAGACCUUUGCAUUAUGUUGCAGGUUUGACUAACUAAAGUGCCUGAAUGGACAGGAGCAUCCCUUCAUAGUUUCCAGGUCUCUCUAACAGCAAUGGCUUUUCAUGCUUCUAGGUGUUUCUAGACUUCACUUAAACAUCACUUCAGGUCACAAAAUUCAAGAAAAACUGAAGUGUUUCUCUACUCUCUGAUGGUAUGUUAAACAGUGACUCAUCAAAAUAGCUAAAUGAUGAAUACUUUCCAGAGAUGGCAAAAGAGAUGAUUGAUAUAUUUAGCAUCAUUUUAGAACAGAUGUCUGUUUUAGAAUAGAUGUAAGUCUAUAAAUGUACUUUCUCUGACAACCCUGGUGCUGUUUUUUAUGCCCUGACUUCCUCUUGUAAGGAAAGAAUUGACCUGUAGGAGGGCAGAUAAACUAGAAAGUACCUUGGAAGGGACCUCAAUUUUUUUCAGCUUUCUAAAUGUUUACAGGGGAGCAAGAAAGAUGACAAAAGCAUAAAUAAUGGGUAGAAGAAAACAAAAUCCAUAUCUUACUGUUUACAAUUUUGCCUCUAUAAAAUGACAACAAAACUGCAUAUAAAACCAUGGAUAAGAACUAUAACAGCAAUCACACCUGUAUGAGGGAAAAAGCUUGGAGUGAACAUCACAGAGGCUAAUGCCUUUUUAAGGCCUAGAAUUGGGCUUGGUACUACAUCCGUGUUUAUGACAGUAUAGUAGCUUUUUCUUUCAACAGCAUGUUAUGUAUUCGUGGUGUUGUAGCCCACAAAACAGUGUUUACCCAAUGGAGGUUUGCUCAAUGGUAGCUUUGUCAGUUACUCGCAAAAUGUCCAUAAUCAAAAAUACUUCACUGUAUUCGUCAAUAUGGUUAUUAAAAAAUAUUGAUAGAUCAGCUAUCUAGACAGCUAGAUUUGUUUUGUGUGACUGUGCUGUUGGUUCACACUCUCUGCACAAGUGCUGUAGGGAUGAACAUCUCAAAAGGGUCUUCUAAGACUUCAAAAAGGCACUUCAGAAAGAUCUUGCCUGCAUGAGCUCACGCUGGAGCAGGAGGCCACACUAUAACAAGGAAUCUCUUGAUUUGAUCAGCUAUCCUGUGCAAAUUGUUCCGUGUAUUUAUCGAUUUGUUUACCGAAAUGUAGCCGAUGUCUCGGUGCUAUUAUACAGUGGCCUGGACGGCAGCCACUUGUGCUUUUCAGGGCUUGAGGAUUCAGUUUGGUGACAGGAAACUGCCACAACCCAGGGAGGUCCAGCCCACCAUGCCACUGGAGAUUUUAGAUGUUUUUGCGAUAGCUGCUAGAGCAUGUUUGUUGUAAGGCACUGCACCACAGUUUUUGUAUGGAGGACCACGACGAUGUAAACUUCAGCCUUUUACUUGCCUCACUAGUCUAAUCACAUUUAUUAUAGGACGCUGCUGCUGCUGCCGUUGCUGCUUAACUGCUUUACAGAAAGGGUCAUAACCAAAGCUUAGAUUGUUGUUGUCACGCUAUGGUCACUGUAAACAAUGUAUUCCUGACAAAAGAAGAAAAAAAAUCUGUGAUCUUUAGCUAUUCAUAAGAGCAUGUCAGCUGACCCAUGCAACAAAACAGCU